AUGCGCUCUUCAAGAGGCAGAUAUAGAUUUUCUCGCUUAAGAGGAAGUUCGAGGUUAGCAAACCCUUCCACAAGAUAUUAUCGAAUUCGAAAUUCAGAUUCACAAGGUGAACAGAGAAGCUCAAAUAAUUUACUCCAUCAUGAAUAAGGAAUAUUUUAAAUGUGGAUAUCAAAAAAUGCUGCAUAACAUUUUCUAUCUUAAAUAAUUUUUAAAAAUUAUUAUUAAGUUCUACAUUUGUAUUUGGGAAGUCAGAGAGAGGACGAAACGGUAGGAGACCUAGGAGAUAUUCUUCAAGAUAUAGAAACGGCCAAAGCAGUUCUUCGAGGCUUGAUGAUGGCUGCAAAACUCAAUACCAAGGACCAUGGAGGGUAUAUGGAUAUUUUCGCUGUGAGAAAUGCAAGAGAACAUGGUCAAGCGGCAAUAGUUGGGCAAACUGUGGACAGCAAUGUCUUAAAUGCAACAUAAAUGUAUAAUAUUUACAAUUUAGUGAUGGUUCAUAGCCAAAAUUAAAUGGUCGCCGAUACUGAUAAAUAAAUCUAUAUAUUUGCCUAAUCAUUGCGAAAAAGUAUAUAUCCUCACCUUCAGACUCCAUUAAUAAGAAGCAAAACGUCCAAAAGUGAAGGACCUGAGAAAGCUCACAAGAGCGAUUUAUGUGAAAAAUGCAAGCAAUUAGGAUAUAGCUGCUUACAAUACAUUGAAGAGCUUAAAAGUAAGCGCAAUGCUUUAAAAUACACUGAAGAGCUUAAAAGAAAUAGCGAUCCUUAUGUUGAUGACGAUUAA